ACCAAUGUAGACCUAUAUAUAUAUAGCACAAUAAGUUCGGUACCUGUUAUAUUUGUAUUUACAUAAGGAGCUAGCUCUAGUAAGUAUGGUGCAAACUAAGGAUGGAACUGUUGCAGUAGCUUCUGCUUUUGCUGGCCAUAAGGAAGCUAUAAAGAACAGAGAUCACAAAUUUUUAAGAAAAGCAGUUGAAGAAGCAUACAAAGGGGUAGAAUGUGAAGAUGGAGGUCCUUUUGGAGCUGUUAUUGUUUGUAAUGAUGAAGUAAUUGCUAGUUGUCACAAUAUGGUUUUGAGGAACACAGACCCAACUGCUCAUGCUGAAGUCACAGCAAUAAGAGAGGCUUGUAAGAAACUGAAGCAGAUAGAACUUUCAGAUUGUGAAAUAUAUACUUCUUGCGAGCCAUGCCCAAUGUGCUUUGGUGCUAUCCACCUUUCUAGAGUUAAGAGGUUGGUUUAUGGAGCAAAAGCUGAGGCAGCAAUUGCAAUUGGUUUCGAUGAUUUUAUUGCUGAUGCAUUGAGAGGUACUGGAUUUUACCAAAAAGCCCAAUUGGAAAUUAAAAGAGCUGAUGGCAAUGAGGCCAUUAUUGCUGAAGAAGUCUUUGAGAAAACAAAGGAAAAAUUUCGAAUGUAUUAAGUCUGUCAUUUUUCCUAAGUCAUUAUGUAUUAACAACUGAUGAUAAUUAGCUUCCUAUAUAAAUAAACUCGUUACCAUCAUGUGUAUCAUAGAAGUAUAGUAUGUGGAUAAUCAGAAUACAAGUUAUUUUUUGUAAUAAAUAUUUGACGAAAACUUGUUUUAAAUUGAUGUAUCGUAAA